AUGUCAUCGAAUUAUAAAUUAGUAGACAACGACGAGAUGUAUAUUGUAACGUUGCAUCGUAUCUUCAAAAUUAAGGUUAUUCAAUUAAUAAAUGAUCUAAAUAAUCGAUUAGACAAGUAUAUCAAAACACGAGUCAAAGAUAUCUGUGUUAUUGUCAAUUCAACAUUUAAUACGAAUUACACAGAGACAACAAUUAAUGAGAUUAUCUUUCGUUUAGAUAAUGAAGAAAUGAAAGAUUUAUUUCAUACUUAUAAUGUCGAUAGUUUAGUGGCCAAAUACAUUUCCAGUGCCGUAACUGAUACGGAAGCAACAUUAAUAUGCUUAAAACCAUUUAUAAAUACAUGCAUUAAAUGUCAAAAGCAGUUACAAACUAAAUUUAAUCGAAGCAUCGACAUAUAUGAUAUUGACAAAGUUAUCAAAGGGGGUGUUUAUACUUGCUGUUGUGUUGAAUGUAACUAUGCUGUAAACGAAAUAUAUACUGAAAUUAAUCGCGAAUACUUCUCUAACAUUUGGUACAUUUAUCAAUUAUGUUUAUUCACAUUCUUUAUAUACGAUACGAAUGAAUUUGAAAUACCUAUUUUACUGAAUGAUGCAUUACUUUAUCAUUUUUUUGACGUUAACUUUGAUACUUGGUACAAACGUUUCGUUGAACAUUGGUCUACACAUCAUUUAACACAUCCAUGCCGUACAAAGGAUGGGGAAGUUAAUGGAUGUAUGUUGGCAUUCAUUAUUGAUGGUAUGCAAAAGGUUGCACGACCAAUAUGCAAAAAUAAAAAUAAAUUCAUAAGAACUGAAGAAUUUCCAGAUUUUCUCUAUGUUGGUUGUGGUAAUACACCUCAAUGGAAAACAGGUCUGUGUAAAACAUGCCAGGAACAUCAAAUAUUCUCGGAUAACGAAACAAAUUUAACAACGAAUGAUGAUAAUGGAAUUUACGAUGAUCCAGUAACAGGAUGUAAUGUUUCAAGAGAAGAUCGUUUUCUUGAUGUGCAACAGAAAAUGUCACAAGGCAUAAUUUAUACGUUAUCUCCUUGUGGUAUAAUCAUUGGCUUUGAUGAACUGUAUCGUUCUGAAUCAUGUUACAUUACCCUUUGGCAUUUAUUGAAAAUAAUUGGAUUAAUCGAUUUUCAAUAUCAAAAACAUUUGCCAAACGUCAUCAUUUAUGAUAAUGCAUGCAGUUUAUUUAUGUAUUUCUGGAAUCGAUAUGGAAAGAACGAUAUUAAUCGACGAAUUUUAAAAACCUCAUCAUCUGAAUUUGUUGCGAAAUGUUCUUUCUUCAUCGAUCGUUUUCACCAGCCUAACCAUAAACGUCCCAUGUGUCAAAAAGAACGCAACAUAAACUUCAAGUAUAAUGAUGAAACAACAAAAAAAAUUAACACAGAAGCUGCCGAACAGCGAAAUAGUGUGUUAAAACAAUACCAAAAUGCCUUAUCAUCAUACUCAGGAAAAAAGAUUCGGGUUGCGUACUUGAUCUUGUUUCAUUUAAUGAAUUGUGAACGGAACACAUGCGAAAAUCAAUUUGAAUAUAAUCGAACAUAUGCUACUCAAAUACCACCAGGUAAAUAUAUGAUUAUAUUUUCCGAGAAGAAUGUCCAAUAA